UACUUACUGAAACAUACUGUUUGGAUCCUGUGUGACUUAACUAGAGCCAGUGCAGUGCUGUGGAGAACUAUGAGAUUUAGCCUGGAUAUUAAAUCAUCUUCUAGAGAAUAGAUUUAGUAUUCCUUUCUUCUGUGAUGGUUAAUUCAUGCAAUAAACCAACAUUUAACAUUUACAUAGGAUUUUACUGCUCAGCAGUCAUCCUAUCCAAAGUAUGCAUUUGUUCUCAGCCAUCUACUGAUCACUUCAAUAAGGAUCCUGGGGCUUUCCCAAUAGCCACCAAUGGGGAACCAUUUCCUUGGCGUGAGCUAAGGUUUCCCAACAGGGUCAUUCCCCUCCACUAUGACCUUUCUGUCCAUCCAAAUCUCACCUCCCUGGACUUUGUUGCCUCUGAGAAAAUUGAAGUGUUGGUCAGAGAUGCCACCAAAUUUAUCAUCUUGCAGAGCAAAGAUGUUGAAAUCAUGAAUGCCACCCUUCAUUCAGAGGAAGAUUUGAGAUACAAGAAACCAGGGAAAAAAUGGAAUGUUUUGAGUUAUCCUGUUCAUCAACAAAUUGCACUGCUGGUUCCUGAGAAACUUACAGCUGACCUGAGAUACUACGUGGCUAUUGACUUCCAGGCCAAGUUAGCUGAUGAUUUUAAAAGGUUUUAUAAAAGCAUGUACUGAACUCAAGGUGAUGAAACAAGGAUAAUUGUAGUAACAGAUUUUGAGCCAACCAAAGCACGAAUGGCUUUCCCUUGUUUUGAUGAACCAUUGUUUAAAACCAACUUUUCAAUCAAGAUAAGAAGAGAGAGAGGACACAUUGCACUAUCCAACAUGCCAAAGGUAAAGAUGAUUGAACUUGAAGGAGGCCUCUUGGAAGAUCAUUUUGAAACUACUGUAAAAAUGAGUACAUACCUUGUAGCCUACAUAGUUUGUGAUUUCAAGUCUGUGAGUGGCACAACCUCAUCAGGGGUCAAGGUGUCCAUCUAUACAGCCCCAGACAAAUGGAGUCAAAUGCAUUAUGCUUUGGAAACAUCGAUGAAGCUACUUGAUUUUUAUGAAAAUUACUUUGAUAUAAACUACCCACUCCCAAAACUGGACCUUGUUGUCAUUCCUGACUUUAUAUCCGGAACCAUGGAAAAUUGGGGCCUCAUCACAUACAGAGAGACAUCAUUGCUCUUUGAUCCCAAGACCUCUUCCAUUUCUGAUAAACUGUGGAUCACCAGGGUCAUAGCCCAUGAACUAGCAGAUCAGUGGUUUGGCAACCUGGUUACAAUGGAAUGGUGGGAUGAUCUUUGGCUCAAAGAGGGUUUUGCAAAUUACAUGGCAUUGAUCUCUGUUAAUGCUACAUAUCCAGAGCUACAAUUUGAUGACAAAUUUUUGGAUUUGUGUUUUGAAGUCAUUCAAAAAGAUGCAUUAAGUUCAUCCCGUCCUAUCUCCAAUCAAGCAGAAACUCCCACACAAAUACAGGAAAUGUUUGAUGCAGUUUCCUAUAACAAGGGAGCUUGUAUUUUGAAUAUGCUCAAGAAUUUUCUGAGUGCAGAGAAAUUCCAGAAAGGAAUUAUUCACUACUUAAAGAAGUUUAGCUAUGGAAAUGCUAAGAAUGAUGAUUUGUGGAGCAGUCUGUCAAAUAGUUGUUUAGAACAUGAUUUUACAUCUGGCAGGUUUUGUCACUCCGAUUGCAAGACGACAAGCCACACACUGGCUUUCCUGGGAGAAAAUACGGAGGUCAAAGAGAUGAUGACUACAUGGACUCUGCAGAAAGGACUCCCCCUCGUGGUGGUUAAACAAGAGGGGCGUUCACUCGGCCUGCGGCAGGAGCGCUUCCCGGCGGGACUUAACCACGAGGACCCUGAGUGGCGGGCCCUGCAGGAAAGGUACCUUUGGCAUAUCCCACUGACCUACUCCACGAGUUCUUCUAAUGAGAUUCACAAACACGUUCUAAAAUCAAAGACAGAUACCCUUGAUUUACCUGAAAAUACCAGUUGGGUGAAAUUCAAUGUGGACUCAAAUGGCUACUACAUUGUUCACUAUGAGGGGCAUGGCUGGGACCAACUCAUUACACAGCUGAAUCAGAACCACACACUUCUCAGACCAAAGGACAGAACAGGUCUGAUUCAUGAUGCAUUUCAGCUAGUAAGUGCAGGCAGGUUGAACCUAGACAAAGCCCUUGACCUGACUCACUAUCUCCCAUGUGAAACAAGCACCCCUACACUUCUCAAAGAUUUGGGGUACUUAGAAUUGUUUUACCACAUGAUGGACAGAAGGAAUAUUUCAGAUGUCACUGAAAACCUCAAGCAUUUUAAGUCAGUGAUUGACAUGCAAAGCUGGAGCGACAAGGGCUCAGUCUGGGACAGGGUACUUCGCACGGAAGUCUUAAAGCUGGCCUGUUACCUGAACUAUGAUCCUUGCAUCCAGAAGGCAACUGAACUCCUUUCGCAGUGGAUGGAAUCCAGUGGAAAAUUAAACAUUUCAACAGACGUUUUAAAGAUUGUGUAUUCCGUGGGUGCUCAGACAACAGUAGGAUGGAAUUACCUUUUAGAGCAAUACAGACUGUCAAUGUCAGGUGCUGAAAAAAACAAAAUUCUGUAUGCAUUGUCAACCAGCAAACAUCAGGAAAAGUUAAUGAAAUUAAUUGAACUAGGAAUGGAAGGAAAGGCCAUUAAGAUGCAGGACUUGUCUGCUCUUCUUCAUGCGAUUGCCAGAAAUCCAAAAGGGCAGCAAUUAGCCUGGAAUUUCCUAAGAGAAAAUUGGACCACUCUCCUCAAAAAAUUUGACUUGGGCUCAUUUGCCAUGAGAAUGAUUAUCUCUGGAACAACGGCUCACUUUUCUUCUGAGGAUGAGUUGAAAGAGGUGAAACUAUUUUUUGAAUCUCUAAAUGCCCAAGGAUCACAUUUGUAUAUUUUUCAAAUUAUUCUGGAAGCUAUAUCCACAAAUAUUAAGUGGCUAGAGAAGAAUCUUUCCCCUCUGAGGACUUGGCUACUGGUUCAUAUUUAA